AUAUCCCUUCUGUUACCAGUAUAAAAGUCCUAUAUCUAACUCUGAACAAGAAAACCACACCAAAGAAAAAAAAGAAAAAUGGGAUCCGAAGCUCCUAUUCAAAUCCUCCUUGUGUCUUACCCUGCACAAGGACACAUAAACCCUCUUCUUCGACUAGCAAAGUGUCUUGCUGCAAAGGGCUCUUCUGUCACUUUCAUCACAACAGAAUAUGCUGGCAAAAACAUGCGAACCGUUAACAACAUCACUGAUAAAUCAACCACUCCAAUUGGUGACGGUUCUCUCACUUUCCGGUUCUUUGACGACGGUUUACCAGAAGAUGAUUCCACUAUCAGACCAAGCCUUAGUGGCUACUCAGAACAGCUGGAACUGGUUGGUAAACAAUUUCUUUCUCAAAUGAUAAAGAAUCAUGCUGAUUCAAACAAACCAAUUUCAUGUAUCAUAAACAACCCUUUUCUUCCAUGGGUUUGUGAUGUUGCUUAUGAAAACGAUAUUCCUUCUGCUUUGUUAUGGGUUCAAUCCGCUGCUGUUUUCAUAGCUUACUAUAACUAUUUCCAUAAACUCACACCUUUCCCUACGGAUUCAGAGCCUUAUACUGACGUUCAAAUCAACUCUUCUUUGGUUCUUAAAUACAACGAAAUCCCAGAUUUUCUACACCCUUUUUGUAAAUAUCCGUUUCUAGCGACACUCAUCUUAGAACAGUUUAAGAAUUUAUCUAAAGUUUUCUGUGUAUUAGUGGAUACAUAUGAGGAACUAGAACAUGAUUUCAUCAAGUAUAUUUCCGAAAAAUCAAUCCUCGUAAAAACUAUCGGUCCUUUGUUCAACAACCCAAGAAUCAAAGAUGCGAGUGAUAUUCGGGGCGAUUUUGUUAAGAAGGACGAUAGUAAUAUCAUAGAGUGGCUUAACACGAAGCGGGAAGGAUCUGUGGUUUACAUAUCUUUUGGAACGAUUGUGUAUCUUUUACAAGAACAAGUGGAUGAGAUUGCACAUGGGUUGUUGGAAUCUAAAGUAUCGUUUCUGUGGGUAUUGAAACCGCCUUCUAAGGAAAGUGGUCGAGAGCCACAUGUAUUGCCGGAUGGGUUUUUGGAGGAGACAAGUGGGCGAGGAAAAGUGGUGAAAUGGUGUCCACAAGUAGAAGUACUUGCUCAUCCUUCAGUGGGAUGUUUCAUGACACAUUGUGGUUGGAAUUCAUCGAUGGAGACACUUACUUUAGGAGUUCCGGUGUUGACGUUUCCGGCAUGGGGUGAUCAAGUUACAAAUGCGAAAUUCUUGGUUGAUGUUUUUGGAGUUGGGAGUAGGUUGGGUUAUACUCAGAUUGAAGAUAAGCUGGUGAGAAGAGAUGAAGUGAAGAAGGGCUUGUUGGAAGCUUUGACAGGGGAAAAAGCAGAGGAAUUGAAGAAAAAUGCGAUUAAGUGGAAGAAGGCGGCGGCGGAUGCGGUGGCGGAUGGUGGUUCCUCUGAUCGGAAUCUUGAUGAAUUUAUGGAAGUUAUUAAGAAACGUGGAUCUGUAAACAUUCGGAAAAUUUAGUGUAGAGUUUCAUUAAUUAAGAAUAUCUUGGCUGUCUUUGUUUGUCGUAGAAUAAGGACAAUUAUUGUAGUAGUUGUAUUUUCGUAACGGAUUUCAAUGAAAACUGCGAAACGGAACUUAUGUUUAUGUUUUA